AUGCUGAGACAAGUGCAACUGCGCUGGAUCGACCACCUUCUGCGGAUGGAUGACGAGCGGCUACCCAAACGACUCCUCUAUGGAGAUGUCAUCACGGGUUCACGCCGACGAGGAGGGCAAGUUCGACGUCACAAUGAUACCCUGCGACUCGGCUAACUAGGAAGACCUCACCCGAGAUCGACCGACCUGGUGUAGAGCAGGGAAGACGGGCGCAGUAAUCUACGAAGCCUACCGCAUCACCGCCGCCGAAGCCAAACGCGAGGCUGGCAAAUCUCAACUGCUCCCACCUGCCAACGCCAACGCUCAGCCGCCCCCGAUCUGACCACGGUGCCAGCGGACGGUCCGGAGACCAAUCGGUCUCAUUGGACAUCUUCGAACCAACUGCAGCACCCGGACGACACCACUCGAUGUCUUCCGCUCAUCUCUGCCACGCCACUCACCCCGACAAUCAACACUGACCACACUCCUGAAUUCCAACUGCCGUCCUCCUCCAUCGCCUCAACGUCAGCUGUUACAGCUCCUGCACCCACCGCCACUGCAAUCAAUCCUAACACACUGUCAAGCAUCACCCUCACCACCGCCAACAUCAGCGAUGCGAUUUCGGUCGUCACCUAUCCUCAUUGCGAUCGCGCCUUCACCUCACACGUCGGCCUGGUCGGUCACUUGUGA